CACCGACGACCUUCCCCCAGGCAGAGUCCCAUCGAAUCCAAUCCUAAGGCCAAGACCAGUUCCGCAGGAAACCCCAAGGAAAACCCCAAGAUGAAGAUCUUCUACGGAGCUCUGCUGGUGCUGGGCACAGCAAUUAUUGCCCAGGCGGCUGUGGCCCGUUCCAACGACGAGUCCGCCCAGGAUACCGACCAGCAGUCCAAGUACCGCCUGUUCAAGCAGCCAGUGCAGAUCGAGGCGCGCAGCUUACAGCAGCUUAUGGCCUUGAAGAGCCAACCUUGCCCUCCGCCACCAUCACCCACCACUACAACUGGGCCUACCACCUCAACAGUGACAACCUCACCCACUGGGCCCACUACCACAACCGGAACGUCCACAACAACCACCACACCCACCACAACUUCCACAAACCCUACCACCUCCUCCACCGGCAGACGUCACUCAUUCAACCAGAACAAUUCGGUGGACGAAAACGAGAACGACGACGAGGAGUUUGACCAGGAGGUGGAGCAGGAGAAGUAUCUGAAGGACGAGGAUGACGAGCAGGAGGACGACCAUGACGAUGACGAUAACGAGGACGACGGCUUCCAGCUUGUGGCUCCCAAAGCCUCAUCUUCCUCCUCCUCUUCUAUUCGCCGUCGCACCAGCGCUAGCAGCUCAUACGGAUCGUCUGGCAACAAGAACCUGUCCAACAGCGAGCUGAUGCGCGAACUCGAACUGCGCCGGCAGAAGGAACUCAACGAGCAGCUGCGCAAGCAGCUGGCCAGCACCCGCCGCCGUUCCACCCAGAGCCGCCGUCGUGCCCUUAACAACCGUCGUCGUGCCCGUCGCCGCCAGCAGCAGAAGCGCCGCCGCCUUUCCCGCCGCAACCAGCAGAAGCGUCGCUCCCAGAACCGCCGCCACCGCAACGCCCGCCGCCGUCAGCGCCGCAACAACCGCCUGAGCCGCCUCCGCCAGCGCCGUCGUGCCAACCGUCGCCGCAACUGAGCGACCAGUGACCAGCACUGACCUCUGACCCCCGACAUGUACGAUUACAAUAAAGCGAAUAUAUAUACAAAACAAAAAUGCAUUCUCUUAUC